AAUUACUUGGCACUCGGAUUCCUGAGAACCAGACCACAAAAGCACUAGCCAUAGACCCUCUUGUAUUGGAAUCGCCACAGAAGUUCUUCUUGCGUGUAAAGCGGAAAUUGCAGCAGCAGCAGCAGCAGCAAAAAGAUCCAACACCUUCAAUCCCAACCAAGCAGAACAUUCCUCCUUCCACAACUACAGAAAAGUUGUUAGUCAAAUCUGCUUUUGCCGAGCAGCUCAGGAAUGAUCCGACAGAGUAUGUGGCCACUGAUAAGGAUAAUCAGGAUAAUUUCCUUAUUGAAUCAAUUGAUGCUGAUGAUGAAAUGUCUCAAAAUACAGUGACUAGUUCUGCGACUUUAAACUUCGACCCUUUUGAAAACGGGGAUCAGUUACGAGAAAGGUGGGGAAAUGGAGAAGCAAAACGUACUGAACUUCAUCAAGACAGAAGAGACUGGCAGCCAAGUAAUAAGCAAGCUGCUCGUGGAGUAGAAAAGAUGCUGGAGACUAAUUCUCAAAAGCCCUCUCAGUGCUUAUGUAGUAUUAUGCUCUCUCCUCCCAAACUCCACAUUCCAAGGAAGCAAAAGCCAAAAGAAGGCUGUAAGGUCCCUUUGGAUAAACCUCAUACAGAUGAAGUUGCUGGCAAAGCAAACAAAGAGAAAAACAUCUACUUAACCAGUUGGAGAAUUAAAGUGAUGGAUGGCAACAGUGCAAUAUGUGUUGAAGGAAAACGGAAAGAUAUGAAUGGUCUGUCUUGGCAUAGCAAUGCAAUUAUGGAACGCAUAGCAUACAACCAAGUUAAAACAUCAUCUGGCAGUAUCUACUUUCUACAGGGAAAUAUAGAUUCAGCUUCGAUGAGAAAAGAAGGAUUUCCCUACCGUUUCAUCAAAAGAUUUACAUAUGGGUUUUCCAAAAAGUGGAAGGAAUAUGUUGAGGAGUUUCUUGAGGAAAGAAGAAGGAAAGAACAAAAACAAAAUACUGGUGAGGGUGAAGAUGAAGAGAGUGACUCAGUGGUGGGCACGGACGUAUUGAAAAAUGCAGGAGAUUCAGCAAGAGAUGUAAAGAAACCUGAAACCAGAAACACCACCUAUGAAGUAUUAUCGCAGAAUGAUGAAAACGCUUAUACAACACCAAAGCACAGUUCCAUAUCAAAUGACUCAAGCAGAGUUUACACUCGUAGUGGCCGUCUUAUUAAACCACCAUUAAAUUUCUGGUGUGGGCAACGUGAGUUUGUUGAUCAGGAACUAAAUGUUACUAUAGAACAAGGUGGAACAGAUUAUCUGAGCAUGAUGUUUAGUAGUGAAAAAUCCCAAAGAAAGAUGAGCUCCAUCUCUAAGAAGAAUAAAAGAAAGGAAGUGAUGAAGACAACAGAAGAAACACCAAAAAGCCAAAGUAAAGGGAAAAACAAUGAAAAAGGAGUAAGUUCCAAAAGAGAAACCAAGUCCACUGCAAGCAAGGAGUCCAGGCGCUUCAUUUCAGACGGUGAUGAAAGUGAUCAUGCAAUCAAUAGUACAAAAAUUAAAACACAACUUUCUGUUAAGCUGAAUUCCUUAAAUACUGAAGUACUAAACAAAUGCAGCUAUAAUAGCAGAAUCCCAGGAAUGACAACGGAAGAGAGAGAAACGGAACAUGGAGAACUGACUAUGUAUCGGCAGACUUACAGGUACUCUUUAAGGUCAGCCAAACAACUUCUUCCAGGCAAGCAUUUACCAGAAGAAUUGUCAAGCAAAGAGGAGGAAGAGGAGUCCAGUGAAGAUGUCCCACUGUCUAUCAAAAGGAAAACUAAACCUUUAUUAAAACCAGAGACUCAAAACUCUAAAUCUUCCUCUAACUGUAAAAGUUCAGCUGAUGUAAACAAGGUGUCGUGUGAGCAAAGGGCAGUAAACCACUCCACUGCCUCCCGUAAUGUGCUGUUGAGGCAAAGUGUGCCCAGAUCCACUGAUGGUUCUGAUUUAGUUGAAGGAAAAACACCUUCUAGCGAGUCUAGUGCUUCCCAUCUGCCCGAUAAGAUGAUGGGAACAAGAAGCAGAAUCAACCCUCCAAGGUAUUUGCUUCAACCUGACACUGAGUCUGAAACCAAUGGAGAGGAGGAAGUUCGUGUAAAAGAAAAGAAUUCAGAAGUACCUGAUAAAAAAACAAAUUGUAAAGUUUCUAAUACUGCCAAGUCUUCAGCAGCAAAAUCGAGAGAACCUGAGAGGGAAAAGGUGCAGAAAUCUUUAGAACUUUUUCCAAAGGCAACUGAUGGUUGGUCUGAAAAGGAGUUACAGAAGCUCUACAGGGCCAUUGCUUCGUUUCCAAAGCACAGGAAUGGCUUCUGGGUGGAGGUGGCCAUGGCGGUGGGCUCUCGCUCUGCUGAAGAAUGCCAUCAGAAGUACAUAGAAGAACAACAGGCAAAAGGUUCCAAAACGCAUGCCAAGAAGACCACCACUUCAAGAAAGCUAGAACAGAAAGAUAAGAAAGAGCCAGUUACGAUAACUGCCAAAAUGGGAACCUUCAAAAGAAAGCAGCAGAUGAGAGAUUUCCUGGACUGUUUGCCGAAGGACAACCAUGAUGAUAUUUUCACUGCAACGCCCUUUCAGAAUAGAAGAGUGAAGUUGCCAACGUUCCGGGGAAGCCAAGAUGAUGAUGAUGACGACUUUGCACUUACGGACAACCCAAUUACACCUGCCUCAGCUGUCUUCCCUCUGGUGAAAACCCCUCAGUGUGAGCAUAUCAGCCCUGGUAUGCUGGUACCCAUCAACAGGAACGAUUGCGACAGGCACCUGUUCAGGAUGCAGAAGCAGCAGCAGGGCAGCAGAGGCACCUGGGGCAAUGUCAAGAAGACAUCGGCCGGAGAGGUGCUUGGUACGCCAGCUUCGCACAGGACCAAGUUCAGUCUUGAUAAAAAAGUGAAACAGGCCUCGAUUGUGGGGAAGCUCUUUGUGGCUGAGGCAACGGACUCAUCAGAUGAAGAGGAGGACGAUUCCUGUUUUUCCAUGUAA